GCGCGUUGUGAUUGGCUGGGCUGGGCCGGCCGAACGGAGGCAGCGGCGAUGGCGGCUGUCGGGACGGAUGCUGAUACCGAUGCUCACAUUGUGGUCCACAGACAGCUGCAAGACAUUGUCCUCGUCCAGCAGCAGCAGAUUGAAUACUUCAGCGAAAUGAUAAAGAAUAAAGAAGAAGAAUCAGUAAGCAUAAAGAUAUAUGAAGAUGUUGUGAAAGAAUUGGAGAAUGAAAAAUUUCAGCAUGCUAAAACAAAAUCAUUACUUUCCAAGGAGUCUGAAAAACUGCAAUUUGCACUUGGUGAAGUAGAAAUUCUAAUGAAACAGCUAGAACGGGAAAAGAAGGCAUUUGAAAAUGCACUGGAAAGUAUUAAAAACAAGGCAUGGAAGGAAGUAAACAAAAACGACAAGUUAAAAAGCAAGUGCAAUGAUAUUGAGAAUAAAGUAGAAAAGCAAGAAGAUAUCUUAAGUAGCAAAGAAGAUCAGAUCAAAGAACUUUGUCAUCAACUUGCAAAGCAGAAAGCCACAUUGAAACAACAGGUUACUGAGUUUGAAAUACAGAAGCAGCAAAAUGCUUAUAUUGAACGUGUACUGGAAGGAAAAAAGAAGAAAGCGUGUGGAAAGUUUAUUCCUACCUCAAAGUAGCCCUGUAUACAUUGACUUUUACAGACUCCUAAAUAUUUCCUAAAUAUUACAAUAUUAUUUGUCAACUGGUCAAAUUUUGAAUUAUUUUGAUAGAAUGAUGCUUUCAGCGAGAUGUUGUUACUGUAAUUUAAUGUAGAAUAGUACAUCACAGGAACAGGCCCUUCGGCCCACAAUGUGAGCUGACCAUGAUGCCAAUUUAAAUUACUCAAAUCUGCCUGUACAUGGUCUAUAUCCCUUCAUUCCUUGUCUGUCUAAAUGCCUGUUAAAUGUUGCUAUCGUAUCUUCUUUGAUCAUUUCUCUUGGCAACGUGUUCUAAGCACCUACCACUGUGUAGAACAUUUGUCUUGUAUGUCCACUUUAAACUCUCCACCUGCUCACAUUAAACUUUGCCUUCUAGUAUUUAGCAUUUCCACCCUGGGGAAAAAUACUUUUAUCUACCCUAUCAAUGCUUCUCAUAAUUUUAUAUAUUUAUCUAUGGUCCCUCAGCCUCCAUUGCUCCAGAGAAAACAAUCUAAGUUUGUCAAUUUCUCCUUACAGCUAAUACUCUAUAAUCCAGGCAGAAUUCUGGUGAACUUUUUUUCAAAGCUUCCACAUACUUCCUGCAAUGCAGUGACCAGAACUACAGCCAAAAACUCCAACUGUAGCCUAACCCAUGUAUUAUACUACUGCAACAUGACUUACCAACUUUUACAUUCAGCACCCUGAUCAAUAAAGCAAGUAUACCAUAUGCCGCAUUUACCUCCUUAUCAACUUGUGUUGCCAUUUUCAGGCAGCUAUGGACUUGCACUCCAGGAUUUGUGGCAUUACACUAGACAAAACAGCCGCCAGGAGAAUGUCAAAUUUCAAAAUGGAUUGAACAUCAAUAAGUUUUUAAUGGUGCCCCUUCAUUCCUGGUCUUGCGAUUUAUGAUGCAUAUGUUUCAACAAAAUGAGCGAAAUACAGGGAAAUUUGUCUGUUUACUAUGUGUGAUGCCUUUAAUUGCAUUUGCACCAUGUUAAAUCAAAAUGGCAGGACCGUUUCAGCAUUCUGUCUUAGCUUCACUAUUAGAAUCAUAGAGUGGUGCAGUGUGGAAACAGGCUCUUCGGCCCAACUUGCCCACAUCGUCCAACAAUGUCCCAGCUAUACCCAGCUUCCUGCACUUGGUUCAUAUCCCUCCAAACCUGUCUUAUCCAUGUACCUGUCAAAACUAUUUCUUAAACGAUGGGAUAGUCCCAGCCUCAACUACCUCCUCUCGCAGCUUGUUCCAUACACCCACCACCGUUUGUGUGAAAAAGUUACCCCUCGGAUCCCUAUUAAAUCUUUUCCCCUUCACCUUGAACCUAUGUCCUCUGGUGCUCGAUUCCCCUGCUGUGGGCAAGUGACUGUGCAUCUAUCAGAUCUAUUCGUCUCAUGAUUUUGGACACCUCUAUAACAUCACUCCUCAUCCUCCUGCGCUCCAUAGAAUAGAGACCCAGCCUACUCAACCUUUCCCUAUAGCUCACACCCUCUAGUCCUGGCAACAUCCUCAUAAAUCUUUUCUGAACCCUUUCGAGCUUGACAUUAUCUUUCCUAUAACAUGCUGCCCACAACUGAACACUAUAUUCUAAAAGGCUUUUGGAACAUUGGCCUUCAUCAGUAUUGUGUAUUGAAGUUGGGAGGUCAUGUUGCAGUUGUAUAAGACGUUGGUGAGACUGCACUGUUCUAGAACCAACUUCAUUAACAUAAAAGGCUUUUGGAAGUCCGAAGAAGGGUCUCCACGCGAAAAGUCACCUAUUCCUUCGAUCCAUAGAUGCUGCUUCACCCGGUGAGUUUCUCCAGCAUUUUCACCUACCUUCGAUUUUUUCAGCAUCUGCAGUUCCUUCUUAAACAUUAUGAACAUCAUCAUUUGUCUCACUUGCAUGUGUUUUAAUUAUAAAAAGUUUGAGGAUGGAUGUAAUAUCAAGUGGUUUUACCACUUCAGAAAUCUUUGAGUUUUUUUUAUUGUGACAACUCAGGAGCUAUAGUUUAUAUUUGCCAUCAAGAGCUCUAUUCACAGGCAUCUUUGGUUCCAAAGAAGUAAAUUUCAUUGCAAUUUAUUUUUAUUUGUGCACGUUGUACCAAUAUUUUGCCAGCAGAUUUUAGAUGUACAACAUUUGAAGAUGAAGAGAGUAAAAAACAAAUUGCCAAUUUUAUGUUAUGUUUAUAAACUAUGAAUGACCAAAGAUUUCAUGCUGCUCACCAUGUACUUUCAUUUUAAAAUUUAUAUUUUUGUAGCUGCAGCUGGUCCUGCACUCAGAAGUUCAUUUUGCUAAAAAGAUGUAAGAAAGUUUAUGCAAAAAAUUAAAAAUGAUUUGCCACUGCAGGGCAUGUUUAUAAAAUAUGUGUCAUUUCCCCUCCCCCCCCAUUAUUUUUCCUUCAAUAUCAUUGAAACUAAACUUUCAAAAAUUAGUCUAAUUGUACUCUUCUAAAGAUGGUUUAUGACAAAAUAAACUGCUUUUUUUGUUUCUUCCUGUUAAUUUUUAAUAGAUUAUAAUUGUUUAUUAUCAACUAUGACUUGCAUUA